GCAAACGUCCGCUCCGACCUCUGGUCCGAUUUCUAAAGUUAGCGCUGAAGACGCGGGCGCUCUGCGUCGCUAAGUAGUGGGCAGAACGCUCCAAAUCGCCCUGGAAACACGUUUUCCGUACAGCAACAUGGCCGCGCCCGUCGGCUCGUAGGAAAGGAGAAAUUGCUUUGCUGUGCAAGUGGCGUCUUUCAUGACCACUCUUUAGAAGGGUGCUGUUUUCAUAAUGCAAGUCUGGGAGGCGUCGUGCAAUUUUCUGACAGAGGAAGCGGUGAGGACACUAUCUUGAAUGACUCCCUGACUUGGAGGAUGUGGACCUAGUGGCCAGAUUCAAGGACCAAACAGAAAGUUGUGUGGAGGGCCCAGGAAGAUGGGAGGAUUCAAUUGAGAUUCCAGAAAUAAGAUCAAGUUUUAAUUCUCUUUUGCUAAAUUGGCUGAAAAUUUUGAAUUAACCCUGAAAUUAAAAGUUUAUAUUAAAACAUUACAUUUUUCCUUAAUGUAUCAUGAAUGUCAAAUUCUCUUUUGUUUAAAUGUCAAGUUUAUAUUCUUAUAUGUGAAAUCUACCUGUGUAUAUGAAGUGUAUUUUUAUGGAAAUGCAGGACAUUUACGAAAUUAUCUGGAAAGUUGGGUUUUAUAUCUAGACCUUAAUUUCCAGAGUUUUUUUUUUUUUUUUUUUUUUUAAGAAGAAAAUGUCUGUGGUGCAUCAGCUGUCACCAGGAUGGUUACUAGAUCAUCUUUCUUUCAUUAACAACAUAAACUAUCAACUUCACCAGCAUCACGAGCCUUGUUUGACCUCUUUUGGAACCUCUACUACGUUUAUUGCUUUUGACUCUACCUCUAAGCCAGAUUAUGAUGACAGAGGAAAUAGUGAAGUCUUCAUACAGAAAUAUGUUUUUCGAUCUGAGCUAUUUAAUGUCACCAAACCUUACAUAACUCCAGCUGUUCACAAAGAAUGCCAACAAAGGAAUGAAAAGGAGGAUCCAAUGAGUGGUGUUAAAGAAGAAAACUUCAAUUCUAUUAUUGGAAAGAAGCGUAAAAGAUGUGUUGUUUUCAAUCAAGGUGAAUUGGACGCUAUGGAAUACCAUACAAAGAUCAGGGGACUGAUUUUGGAUGGCUCUUCGGAGUUAAUCCAAGAAGGCCUCAAAAGUGGCUUUCUUCAUCCACUUUCUGAAAAAUGGAACAAGUGUAGUGAGCCCAUUACUUUACCAGUUGAUACCUGCAAUUUGUCAGAAUUAUGUGCAAUGGCAAAGCAUUUGCCUUCUCUGAAUGAAAUGGAACUGCAGGCAUUACAAUUGACGGAAGAGGAUAUGUCUGUUACAGAACAGGAUUUAUUUUCACGGAUUGUUGAAAACAACUCUAGCUUUACAAAAAUCAUUACGUUAAUGGGACAGAAAUACCUGGUGCCACCAAAAAGCAGUUUUCUUUUGUCUGACAUUUCUUGCAUGCAUCCACUUCUGAACUGUAGGAAAACAUAUGAUGUAAUUGUGAUAGAUCCACCAUGGCAGAACAAAUCAGUUAAAAGGAGUAACAGGUACAGUUAUUUAUCACCACUGCAAAUAAAGGAGAUACUUAUCCCUAAACUGGCUGCUCCAAACUGCCUUGUUAUUACUUGGGUGACCAAUAGACAGAAGCACCUGCGUUUUGUAAAGGAAGAACUUUAUCCUUCUUGGUCUGUUGAGGUAGUCGCUGAAUGGCACUGGGUAAAAAUCACCAAUUCAGGAGAGUUUGUGUUCCCAUUAGAUUCUCCACACAAAAAACCUUAUGAAGGUCUUGUACUGGGGAGAGUUCGAGAAAAAACUGCUGUACCAUUAAGGAAUGCAGAUGUAAAAGUGCUUCCUAUUCCAGAUCACAAGUUAAUUGUCAGUGUGCCCUGUACUCUUCACUCACAUAAGCCACCGCUUGCUGAGGUUCUAAAAGACUAUGUCAAGCCAGAUGGGGAAUGUUUGGAAUUGUUUGCUCGAAAUUUACAGCCGGGUUGGACUAGUUGGGGCAAUGAAGUUCUCAAAUUUCAACACAUGGAUUAUUUUGUUGCUCUGGAGUCUAGAAGCUGACUGUGGUCUUAAAGUUGUGAUUUUCUUCAGUUUUUCCCCACCCCUUCUUCCUUCAUUCUAACUGAUUGUUCCUUUUCUUACCAACCAGUAUGCUUAGAAAUGUAAACAGGACUUGGUUUUUCUGCAAAAGACCAUAAAUGACUAGUCUUUAUGUAAUUUUGAGAUGAAUUUACUUCAGUUGCAUUAGUAUUCCCCAUUAUUCCAGAUUCACUGUAAAUAAAAAGGCAAGCAGUUAGAAAAACGAUAAGACUUUGUUAUUGAAAAAGUUCAGAAAGCAUGCACUGUGGACCAGAGGUCGUAAUUCUGCCCAUGGAUAUGUUUUGUUUGGCCCUAUGGUGUUGUAAAAAAAAUUUAAACCACCAUUCUAAAAAAUGAGGGAAUUUCACAUAAAGUCUAGAUUUCUGCUUUUCUUUAAACAUCAGAAGCUCUGGCUGCACUGUGGUCUGUAUUCUUUCCUGGCAUCAGUAAGUAGGAACUACUGGUAGCAGCUCACUUGGGAAGGGACCUGUGUUUUGCAGUUUACUAUAGUUAACACUUGCUCCGUGCUACUCACUUGUGUUGUCUACUUGGCCCCUGUGCAACCUAAACUUAUGACCUUCGGUAUACUGUUACAUUCUGGAAAAAAUACUGAAAGACCUACCAAGUCAUCAUUGUGUUGUGUUUAUGAAACAUUUUAGAGGGUUUUAAAUUGCAUUCAAGGUCACUUUUCAAGUGCUUCAUAGUUUUGCUUUGUUUUCUAGAAGAAUAUUUAAGAAAUAUUUCUUAUAAAAAUGUCAGAAAAUAAACAGUGCUUAUGAUUUAAAAGAUAUUUAUAUUAUUUACAGAUUUUCCACAAAUAUUUCUUUACUAAGUAAAAUAUUUUUACUGAAAUGAUUCUUUGAAAGGCAUGCUGAUUUAUUAUGUAUAAUCUUUUUUCAAAUUGAGAUAUAAUUUCACAUAAAAUUCUCCAGUUUUUAGUAUAGCGUUCGAUGGGUUUAGAAAAUGUAUAUACAGUUGUCUAUCUACCACCAUAGUCAUAAUACAGAACAUUUUCUUCACCUCCAAAACUCAUGUGUCCAAUUACAGUCAUUCCCUUCCUCCCACCCCUGGCCCUUGGUAAACAAUGAUUUGUUUUCUACCAUUAGUUUUGCUUUUUUAGAAUUUCAUGUAAACAGAAUCAUAGAACAUGUAAUCUUUUGUGUCUGGCUUCUUUCCCUUAGCAUUUUGACAAAAGUAUUUAUACAAUUUACAGCCUUUUUAUAAAUAUUUAUCUGCUAAGUAAAAUGUUAGAUUGAAAUGAUUAUAUGACAAAAUUAAUUCAUUUACUGAUUUUGCCAAAGAGAAGUGUUAUUUUUGAAGUUUGUUCAUUCUUUGAGUGUGUGAAUAUGGUAAUAUAGGCUUAACUUUGUAUUUAUAGGGAUACUCUAACUUGCUACAGAAAUGGAAAAAGGUAUUAAACUCGAAGCAAACCUC